GUGCUAGAGAAAGAGAAUCAAGUGAAAGGGAUUGAUUCUAUUUGGUCUGGAGCAAGAAAAUUUCUCAUUCAUUCUUAUCAUUCAUGGGAGCUUCCAUACCCCGAGGCCCUCCAACCCUAUUUCUGUUUUCGGCCGAAUGAUCUCUGCGCAUCAAUGGCAUCGAUUUCAACUCUUCAAUUUCACGCCAUCACGCUCCAGCCUGGAUUCUGGGCUUCGAAGAAUCGGAUUUCUAGAAAUGCAGUAGAAUUCGGAGACACAGUUGAGCUUAAUUGUAAAAGUUAUAUGAAUUGGAACCCUCCAAAGAGAGAGCAUCAUCUUGCGGUUCGAGUGUUUUGCAGUUCGACGAAUUCCGGUGGCAAUUGUGAUGGAGAUAAUAUGGAGACGGAGAGAAAUAUCAUGGAUUCUAAAGACUCAUUCAGUAGUUUGCGAGGAGCAAUAAAAUCUCUUCCUCCGGUUAUUUUCUUGAUGAAAAGACGGAUUGACACUAAUUUCACUAUUGGAUUAUGUCUUGCAAUUUCAUUUCUGGUGAUUGCUGUGAAACAAUAUGUAGCUACGAAGUCUAGGCACAAUCAACAUGGCUCUGUAGCUGAUCUUGUCAAACGAGGCCAGUUGAGGUCUGAUAGAAGAGGCAUUUCAAAACCUCUCAAGUAUGAGGAUCCUUUCAAUAACCCAUUGGUAAAGAUAAGUAAGAGUAAUUCGACCGUUGAGAUGUGUGGAAAGGUUUAUCGCUUAGUCCCCGUGACUCUUACAGAAGAGCAACAGUCUAACCAUCAGAAAAGGAGGUCAAGAGCAUAUCAGUGGAAAAGACCAACCAUAUUCUUGAAGGAAGGGGAUUCAAUGCCCCCAGAUGUUGACCCUGACACAGUUAGAUGGAUUCCAGCAAAUCAUCCAUUUGCAACAACUGUCAGUGAUAUUGAUGAGGAUUUAGCACAAAACAAUGUGUACCAAAAGCAUGGAGUCCCAUUCCGGAUUCAGGCUGAGCAUGAGGCAUUGCAAAGAAAACUAGAAGCACUACAGGGUGAGCAAAAACUCAAUAAAUUGGUGAUUGAUCCGGGUAGCGCCAGAGAUUUUGAGAGGCCAUUCAAGUCAUUUUCCAAAUCUCAUGAACAGCUAGAACAUAAUCCGUCUGCUAAUGAAGGUGGCAAUUCUCUCUCUCCCAAAUCAGACAAGGCUCCUAAUUCCUUGGAAUCCAGUGCAGAGUCUGAGGGGCUGCAGACACCGUAAGGUACAUUUGGUACUAUCUUGAUGUCGGCUGUGUACAAGAGCUGCAGAAACCGUUCUAACAUUUUUCUGUGAUCUUGUUGACAUCUGUUCGAGUUGAUCAUUCUUAGAUGGAACCACAGUUUUGAAGCCUGAGCAGAGAAAUCCAACUAAACACAGCAGAGGCUGGCAUUGUAAAUAGAAGCAACCAUUAUAUUAUUUGUUACCUUAGUGUUAUCUAAUAUUGUAGAGAGUUGUAUCCACUUAAAACCAUUUGUGUUUGGUUUUCCCAGCUUUAUUUUGGACU